CUCUCUGUAACCAUUUGUGCUGUACGUUUCAUCCUUUAAAACCUGGACUGCUAUUUUUAUCUCUGUUCUACGUUCUUGAUAAUUGUACUUUUCUAGGAUUUGUCGAAGACAUUUUUCCUUUGAUUACCAACACGUCCUCGGCAAAGAAUCGUCAUGGGGUCAAACAACAUGACGUAAAACGAGGCAAUGUGUUUCUCUCUGUUCACGCCUUUCUCUCACACGCCUCUACAAAGCAGUAAAUGGUUCGCAGCGUCAUCUUUAAAUGCGUGUUCAAAAUGUUUUUAAAACUGCGAAUUUGCGAUUGCGCUAAUACCAUACGCAUUUUCGCUAUAUAAUUAGUUUUUAAAAUAUGCAGUUGUGGUGAUUAACAAUCGUGUAGUAAUUAAACGAGUUUUCCUCUCUCUAUAUAUAUAUAGUGUGUCCAUAAUUUAAAAAUAACAGCUUAGUAAUAUAGUAUAUUGUACGUACUACAUUAUAUUUAAAACGAGUUACUACAUUAACACACUGAUACAUUUUUUAAACUCGUAUUUAAACGCCUGAUGCACUUUUAGUUGUCAUCGAUAUCAUAUGAGCGCAUCCAUGACAGCCAAAUAGCAUUUUGUCAUCCGUUUCUCGUCCUCCAGCUGGCGAUGGAGUCGCAGUAAGGCUCCUUGUCCAAAUCGGUGUCUGUAUAUAAAAACAGCGCGUGUAUAUACUAUAGCUGGCCGCUCUUGCGCUCGGUCCCGGCUGCGCUGCGCUGCCCUGCGCGGAGAGGAGGGGAGGCGCCUCCGUUUGCUGGCGCACACCCUCCACGGCGCAGCUCCCAGUCCGUCACACAGCAGCCGGCAACGGAGACGCGUCUUCAGCCUCCCACAUCCGCAGUACACAACCUCGGUCAGCCCGCUGUGCCGAGGACGGGAAAAGUCAAGUCGCAAGGUAUCUCUGCUGGUCUCGCCUCUCCUACACGGUGGCUCUGUGCUGAGGGGUGGGGCACAGCUACUCUCUCUCUCUCCAUCUGCCAUCUUCUCCGCUGUCCUCCACUCUUCUCGCCUCCCUCCCCCCCAAAUGGGCUCCCGUAGUCAGAGCUUCUUCCACCACCACAGCCAUCAUCACCAUCAUGCCCGCGGCUCCAUGGUGCCAGCAGCUGUGCCUCGGCUGGUACCCGAGACGGGCGGUACCCUGCUGGGGGGCAUGGCCCAGAUCACGCCCUCCCUCUUCCUCAGUCGCGGCAAUGUGGCAUCUAACCGCAGCCUGCUGCUGUCCAAGGGCAUCACCUGCGUGGUCAAUGCCACCAUUGAGCUGCCCAACUUUAACUGGCCGCACGUGGAGUACGUCAAGGUGCCGCUGGCCGACAUGCCACACUCUCCCAUUUCGCUUUACUUCGACAGCGUUGCCGACAAGAUCCACAGCGUGGGGCGCAAGCGGGGCGCCGUGCUGGUGCACUGUGCCGCCGGCGUCAGCCGCUCGGCCUCACUCUGCCUGGCAUACCUUAUGAAGUACCACCGUGUGUCCCUGGCCGAGGCUCACGCCUGGGUCAAGGCCCGCCGGCCCGUCAUCCGGCCCAACGGCGGCUUCUGGCGCCAGCUCAUCGAGUAUGAGCGCAAGCUUUUCGGCAGGAACUCGGUCAAGAUGGUGCAGACACCCUACGGGGUCGUGCCGGAUGUCUACGAACGGGACCACAGGAGUCUGGCCCCCUACUGGGGCAUGUAGGGAAAGGCAGCCUAACUGGCUGCUUGGUGGGUGGUCUUCCGAACUGUCUCUGCCCUCCUCUGUCUCGAACUUCACCCCUUCUGUGUUGCCCACCUCCCCAAUAGAACAUGCACACCUUUCAGAAAGGCAUCCAACACCGUUGUGUGAGGGAGGCCACUUUGGGUCCUUUUGAACACCGCCACCCCCCAUUUGUGCAGACGGGUAGGACCGGCCCACCUCAAACUGCCCUCAGGGGCCUUUCUCAAGGCCCGCCUUUCCUGACUGGGUGGGGAGACUCAACCUAGCAUCAUGUGAUGGUUUUGUGACAGUCUUGCUAUGGUCUUUUAGUGUUUGGGACAAACAUAAGUGAAUUAAAGUUGAAUGAAUGAAAGUUACAAUGAUUCACAUGUUAUAUUUAUAUGGUGUGUUAGAGAAGCAAUGGGGACCCACUUGAACCACCACCACUGUGUAGCACCCAACUGGAUGAUGCAACAGCAGCAGCCAUUGUGUGCCAGUAUGCUCCGCCCACAGUAGCUGAAGUGGUGAAGAGGCAGGAGAGAAUGUAAGGGGUGGUCUAGUGGUUAGCACUGUUGCCUCACACCUCUGAGACCAGGGUUCAAGCUCCUGCCAUGACUGGAUAAUGUAGCUCCAUCCUGGUUUGCUCCAGCCCCACCCCCCAAAAUAAGACAGAUGGAUAGAAGGACUGAGUUUUUUGCCCUUAUCAAAAGACACCUGCUACUUUACAGCCAAGUCAAACAUACUUUACUGGCCACAAUAACACCCCUCCUAGGGGAAAUGCAGCUCUCUGAGCUGGUCUCCCAUCCAAGUACUGGCCAGGCCCAAACCUGCUUAUCUUCAAACAGAUUACCAAGUCUGGCCUGCAAGUGCUAUGGCUGCUGACAGGUAGAACUCCUCUCUUCAACAUGAUAUGCCUGCAGUCAAACAACCGUAUUUACAUCACCACAUUCAGAAUCCGGCAGAGAGCUGCAGGAAAUCCCACUGUCAAAGAAUAUGUAUGGUUGAAUAUGGCAGGCUCGUGCCCAUUGCUUCCGGGAUAGGCUCCGGACCCCCCGCAACCCAGUAGGAUAAGCGGUUUGGAAAAUGGAUGGAUGGAUGGAAUACGGCAGGCCUUAAACCAAACCGUGUACUGCUGUAAGAGAUUGUAGUCACGUGGUUAAGUGUCUGCUUAUCCAGGGUGGGGCUGGUCUCUCCAGUAAGGGGUGGUGCACCUCACCUGUAGCUGCAAGGGUGGAGAGUUUCACCACUAUGAAGGUGAACCUGGGGCUGGAUGGAGUGGGGGGCUGAGAGCCUGGGGGGCUCCAAAAUUAAGUGGGCUGUCAUUAAAUACUCAGUAUUUAUCGUGAGGAAGCAAAGCUGCUCUUUUUAGCUUGUUUGUGCCUCUCAGAACUGUACAAUGUGUCUGUCAGACAUCAGCUGUAACAAGUGCUUUUUAACAAACUGCUGCUGCAGGCUUGUUGUUCUUGAGGCAGACGUACCUUUGGGGCACGUUCCAUGUGGCAAUUAUCCCGCUGAGCCCAGAUUGCGCCAUCGUGAAGCCGAGCAGGGCCCUCUAACCCUUAUAGGACACCCCCCCCCCCAAAGGGGGUUAUAAAUUGCUUUUAUAAAACAAAAAAUAAAAAGCAAAUCUAUUUUUUAGACUAAAUGUUACUGUAGCGAGAGCACAGCACAUGGACAGUUCUGAGUGACAUGGCCCACGGCAGCACUGGUACUGCACCUGCACUCAAGAAGAUCUCUGUGUUCAGAAUAGCAAAAUAAAGACUUUAUCAUUUAUUUUAUCACCA